AUGUGUCCAGCUUGCCCCGGUCCAUCAAUUGUCCCUUUUCGUACACCAGCCCGCUUUACCCUGGUGCACUGCCCUGCCCCCAGCAGCGCUGGUAGCGAUUUAUACAAGUCAAAUUGUCAAGAACAACCGCCCCCAACAUGCCAACCCUUGGGGAAAACGUGUACUUUAAGAACUCGCCUUGGUCUUCGAUAUCGGAAGUGUGGGCAGCGCUGCACAUCGACAGGAACAGCAUGCACUAAGUCGAUAACCAAAAAGAAUCGAGACCAAAUCGAGACUUUGAUUACGUCCAUGGUUCUCCUCUGUCAGGCAUCUACGGGACUGAUCUCGAAGAUGGAAGAGCUUAGCGCGCUCGCGAAUUGUCAUUCCCACCGACGCAAAGAUCCAGAAGAUGCCCGAAAGGCAAAAUGGAUGGCUGCUUUUCCGGCGCGGCCUAGUGACGUGCGUUAUGUCGAGGUGCAGGUCACAGAAUUACUUGGGUCUCCUUUUACUAUAUGCGGUGCAAAAACAGAGUCAGAUUUAUGUCCGAACAAGAUCGGAGGCCGAAUGGUUCAAAAUCUCCAGAGAAUCAUGACGAAAUCAAUUCUAAAGAAGAACAUGUACUGCUCCGCUCACGAGCUCAACACACAUUUUAACAGAGGGGAUUGUUCCAAGUCCAAAAUCCUGGGGAUUUGCACAACGGCAGGCUUCAGUGUGGGACUGCCAACUCGGUCUGAGGCACCCAAUGAACCUGAAUGCAAAUCGUUAGGUUCAGAAUUUACCGAGCACUGCGACGGGUCCUCCUUUCAGGGUCAACAAAAAUCAAGCUUGGGAAUACCGGAAGAUUCAGCCUUGGUUUUGCUGGAGGGGUUUGACACUACCCCCUUUCAAAUCCUUCCGAGAACGAACAGGCGAGGCACAAAAACCCUGAACGACUAUUUCCAAGAAAAAGUCCGCCGAGAUCUGCGUUCCCGGCAUGGGAUAAGCGGAAAUAUUUAUGCUUUUCAAGCAAAGAGUGACCCAGGAUAUAUCAAAAUAGGAUAUACGACUGGACCUGUUCUCGAGCACCUCCGAUCGUUCAUAUUUGGGUGCAACAGGGAAAUGAAAGUGCUGUUCCCUACUUCCCCUGAGUUCGGGAAUUCAGUGCCGAAUGCCUGGCGGGUUGAGGAAUUAUGCCAUGCGGAAUUGGUUGAUGAUCAAGUCCAGGUUGAUUGUACAGGGUGUUUGAGUGAGCAUCGAGAAUGGUUCCAAAUCUCUGCUGCAGAUGCAUUUGCGGUGAUUAAAAAUUUGGUCUGCGUGGAUGAGAACCACGCCAUAUGACUCAGUGCGCGGGAGCUUGAAAAAGAAAGGAGAAACGCAAAGCUGCUAAAAUGGAC